CUUAGUCUUAUCAGAAUGUGUAGCCAUAUGUCUCCAAGAUCAGGCCUCUUUGAAUGAAGCCAGGUCUCUGGAUAGCAUCUUCAGGGAGAAAGAUACAGAAGGUUCCUGGACCUUCUGAACACAGGGAGCCCACAUGAUGGUGCAAGAAGGGCAGCCUCAAGAGAAAGGAGCCUGUUCGUGCUUGAGGCUCUGGUGUGUUGCUGUGAUUUCCAUGGCACUCCUCAGUGUUUGUUUCAUUGUGAGCUGUGUGGUGACUUAUCAUUUUACACAUGGCAAAACUGACAAAAGGCUGUCUGAACUGCACAUGUAUCAUUCAGGUGUAACCUGCUUCAGUGAAGGGACAAGGGUGACAGAAAAAGUCUGGGGGUGUUGCCCAAGUAGUUGGAAGCCAUUUGGUUCCAGCUGCUACCUCAUUUCUACUGAAGUGGAUGAUUGGAUUCAGAGUGAGCAGAACUGUGUUGAGAUGGGAGCACAUUUGGCUGUGAUCAAUACAGAAGCAGAGCAGAAUUUCAUUGUCCAGCAGCUGAAUGAAUCACUUUCUUAUUUUCUGGGGCUCUCAGAUCCAAAAGGUAAUGGCAAUUGGCAAUGGAUUGAUCAGACACCUUUCAAGAAAAAUGUCAGGUUUUGGCACCCAAAUGAGCCCAAUUUUCCUGCAGAGCAGUGUGGUUCAAUAGUUUUCUGGAAACCUAGAGGAUGGGGCUGGAAUGAUGUUUUCUGUGGUACUAAAAGGAAUUCAAUAUGUGAAAUGAAGAAGAUUUACCUAUGAGUAGAACCUUAUUCACUGAUACCUUUAAAACUGGGACCUAUCAUGGAAUGAUAAUUUCUUCUUAUAAUUUGCAUAUAAUCCUUAUGUUAUGGAGGUUCAGAAAUAUUCAGAUGCCUCUCUCCCUUUAAUCAUACCUUUUCUAGUUUCCUCUUUUCCACUAAUGGUAGAAUGAGUUCUUUCUCUCUGUUCUGUUCUUUUUUGUUUGUUAUUCAUUCUUUUCUUUCCUUUCUUCAUAUUUUCUUCCACAGACAUUCUUUGUGGAAGAGUACAGAGGCUGUACUAUUUUGUCUGUUAGAAGAUUUAUAAGGCAAUAUCUGUUGGAAAUUAUGACCUUCCUCUCUCAAAUGCCAUAAAGAAAUCUUUUUGGUUAAAUGGUAGUGGGAACUAUAAUCAUCUGGAACUGAAGCAUCUGAUAGCUCAUUCACACGGCAGCAACAUGGUGUUGGCUAUUGCUAGGAGCCCUCUGUUCCUCACCACGUGGAACUCUCCAUAGGGCUAACUGGCCCUCCUCACAAUGUGGUGCUAGCUGCCACGGGAGCAAAUGAUCCAAGAGGACGAGGGAAAGCAGCAAUGUCUUUUAUGAUCUAGCCUCAGCAGUUACGUACCAUAACUUCUGCUGCACCCCACUGGUCACAUGGACCAGACCUGACAUAUAAAGAAGGGGACGACCCAAAGGUCUGAAUACCAGAAGGUGAGACUCACUGGGGGCCAUCUUGGAGGGUGACUAUCACAACAGCAUUUUUUAAAAAAGAUACAAAAAAUGUGUGUUGAAGAAGAAAAUAACUAAAAAUUCUUAUACACUAAAAUUAUGGACUUUUGUUCAUCAAAACACUAAAGAACUGGGGAAAGAUAUUUUAAAUACUUACAACUAAAACAGUAUUAAUAUCAAGAAUAUAUGAACAACCACAAAUCAAUUAGAA